AUGGAUCACUACUUAGUCAUCUCAAUCGAUGAGCCUGGCAGGGCGAGAGAGACUACAGUCAUCCGUUCGUUCAAUGUCCAGCUUUCCCACGCCCUUGCAGAUCAGCUUCAAUGCUUGCUGGCUGCCGCACCAUUAGUGACAUCUACGCAGCUGGGGUAUCGCUAUAACCUGCAAGUAGUAUCGAGAUCGAUCUUUGGAGUUGAGCCGUCGAAUUCCGGGCGUCACUGUCUCAAACCCGGCGACGCUCGAAGACGACCUGAAGCCCGAUCGGUGCUGCGACAACCAGGGCGAACUGCAGCAUUACGAGUGCUAGAACUUGACGAGAUCGCCGAAGAUGGUGAAGAUGAGGAUAAGGACCAGGCUUUAAGCUUAAACUCUAUGAUUAAAGAAGAACUUGUCGUGGCAGAUGCAAGGCCUGCGUAUCGGCAUGAUCUGUCAAAGUUUGUCGAGGUGUCAAUUUAUGGUCUGUGGUCAGCAAAUCAGCUGCAGAAGAGAGAGCAGCAAAAGAGAAGGCUGCAAGACAUCAAAGUAUGGAUUCACCGUUAG